CUCCAUUCACUCAAUUGUCAAUAUCAAUAUCGUCGCAAAAACGAAAGUUCACAAAUUGUCUGUUGGCGAUGUUGUGGCCGUUACUCUUAUGAUAGAUAACUGAUCGCUGUUGGAAAAUUACUUUAUACACUAAAAAGUAAACAAUAUCGUCGUCGUCGACUGGUUCAAAACAAAAAUUGUUUGAUUGAUACAUUCAGUUGAAUCAAAAUUGUGUAUACAUGGGUUGGCUAAAGAUCUCGUGCCUGUUAUGUGUUUUCGGGUUUGUGCGUGAAAUACGACCUUCAGAACCGUAUAUUACAGAAUUUUUGGCUGGACCAUGGCGCAAUGUAACAGAAGAGCAGUUGAAUCGUCAAGUAUAUCCUAUGGGUACUUAUUCAUAUUUGGCACAGUUGGUUGUAGUGUUCCUGAUAACAGAUUUUUUACUUUAUAAACCAUUGAUAAUAACAAUUGGUGUUACGGGCAUUAUAAUAUGGAGCAUGUUACUAUGGACUACCUCACUGGAGGCUUUGAUGACUCUGGAAUUUUUCUAUGGUACUUAUAUGGCAGCUGAAGUAGCAUAUUAUACCUAUAUUUAUGCAAAAGUCGAUAAAAAACAUUAUCCAAAAGUAACGUCACACACGAGAGCAGCCAUGUUUGCGGGCAAACUGGUGGCCAGUAUAUCGUCACAAUUAUUAUUAACUUUUAAUGUAAUGGAUUAUCGUGAUCUUAAUUAUAUAACUUUGGCAACUCAAAUUUUAGCAGCAUUAUGGGCGUUUGUUUUGCCCAAGGUAGAUAGAAGUCUAUAUUUUCAUCGUAAGGCUUAUGUAAGUGAAAAGCCCACCGAAAUUACACCUCCCACACAAUCCAUAGAAAAUUGUAAUGCGGAUGAUGAGAAAUCGGAUAAGUUACUGCUGUCUACACCCACAAAACUGCUAUGGGCUCAUUUUAGUAGUGCUUAUACAAAUAUCAAGGUUUUGCAAUGGUCUCUUUGGUAUGCUGUGGGUUUGUGUGGCUAUUUGCAAGUAACAUCUUAUGUACAGUUGCUGUGGAAGGAUAUAGAACCCAGACCGGAUAUUGCCUGGAAUGGUGCUGUGGAUGCAAUUUUUACAGCAUUGGCUGCCUUGUUUGCCUUAGGAGCUGGUUAUAUACAUGGUGGCCGUUUGAAGUCACGCGCUAGUCUGGUAGUAUUGGCUGUUUUGUCCGCUCUCGAAGGAGGAGCCAUAUUAUUAUGCUGCUGGACAGACAAUAUCUUUGUUUCCUAUACAGGUUACAUACUUUUUGGAGCCUUAUAUGCCUUUACUAUAACAGUGGCAGGAGCUGAGGUGGCCCGUUAUUUAGAAGAAGAUAGUUUUGGUUUAGUAUUUGGUAUUAAUACUACAAUUGCGCUUGUUUUCCAGACUAUCUUAACUCUGGUUGUUAUAUCAGAAUCUGGUUUUGCUUUAUCACCCAAAGGGCAGUUUACAGUUUAUGCUUUUUAUUUUAUUUCCGUUGGUAUUUUGUAUUUUAUUUUCGUUCUAUUUGAUUACUUUUUAUCAAAAAGAUCGAAGAGAAUUAGUGAUUUUAGUGUAGAACAAGAAUAGACAAAUUUUCUUUAGAUUAUUUAAGAAAACUAGUUAUUUUUGGUAAAGAAAUAUAUUUUUAUUUUAAAUGUAAAUAAACAUAAGAGAAUAAAUGUUAAAGUAUUUUUAACUCAAAUAA